CGCUCCCUACGCUCACCCCCCCAGCACCAGGAUGCUGCCGGCUCCGGAUCCUUCAGGUCCCCAGCUCCCAGCCCCUCUUCCCCAUUCUGUUGCAGGGGCUCACCUGAACCCAGCUUUCUCCCUCUGCAUGUGCCUGCUGGGGCAGCUCCCGCUGUGGAAAUUUCCCAUUUUCGUGGCCGUGCAGACCUUGGGAUCUUUCAUCGCCGCCGGAGCCGUCUACGCCCUGUACUAUGACGCCAUCCAGUUCUACAGCAACGGGACCCUCGCCGCCUCCGGCCCCCUGGAAACCGCCUCCAUCUUCGCCACGUACCCCGCCAAGUACCUCUCCCUCUCCAAUGGCUUCUUGGACCAGGUGAUGGGCACGGCGCUGCUGAUCGUGGGCAUCCUGGCCAUCACCGACACCCGCAACAAGGGCGUCCCCGAGGGCCUGGAGCCGGUGGCCGUGGCCCUGCUGGUUUUCUCCAUCGAGGUCUCCAUGGGCUCCAACUGCGGCUGCCCCAUGAACCCCGCGCGGGAUUUCGGGCCCCGGCUCUUCACCUACGUGGCGGGCUGGGGCGCGGAGGUCUUCAGCAGGGACAACGCCUGGUGGUGGGUGCCGGUGGUGGCCCCGCUGCUGGGGGCGGCCGUGGGCACGGCGCUCUACCAGCUCCUCGUGGCCUUCCACCACCCGGCGGAGAACGGCGGCGGCGGUGCCCGGGGGGCCAAGGGGGACGGCGGCAGCAGCAGCAGCACCACCAUCCCCCUGGGAGCCGGGCCCUGGGACAAGUGACACCGGGCAGCGGCGCGGCCCCAAUAAAGGAACCCCGAU